CCUGCUUUCAUCAUUUCCCCAAUAUUGUUUAUGUGCUUUUAGUAAUUGCGAAGUGAUAUUACAUUAUCUGUUGACCGAAGUGUCCAAUUAAGGUACGGUAUCAUUUGCCGCACGAGGUAAUUCAAAGUUUUAGCAUUAGAAAGUGAAGUAGAGCAUCGGGUGUUCUCCAUUUAGCCGGUUGAAGGUAUGCUAUUCAUUUCAAACUUCACUACACUACUUGAAGACCUCAAUUAGUACAAAGCUAUUUGGUUAAUAUGCAUUUACUGUGUUUAACGCGUUCUGGAGUAUUGGAUUUAUACUCUGAAUGAAAAAUAGAACAAUGGCGGAGAAAGAAAAAAAAAAAAAAAGUAUAUCUUGUAUAUUAUUAGACAUAUAUUUCAUAGGAAAAAAGCCUCACUAAGAUUGGAAGUUUUCCACCGGAAACUACAUGUUGUUAGUGUUUAUAUCCGGCUUCUGUUUUUGGUAGUCUGAAGAUGGCCUGUGAAUUGAGGUCACUUGCUAAGUGUUGUUCGUUUGUUCUUUUUUUAAUUGUAAUAAACUUGUUGUCCAUUAUGUGCAGGUUAUACAUGCGGAGAUGACUUCACUGGGGAGCAGCAGUUCCUCCACAACAGAGUAUGUUGUACGAGUUCCUAAAAACACCAGUAAAAAAUACAACAUAAUGGCAUUUAAUUCUGGUGAUAAAGUCAGUUGUUCCACAUGGACUCAGGCCCGUAUGGAGCGGGACAUGAGUAAUAGGCGCAUAUAUGGAGAGGAGGAAUCUACGGAUGGGGCUGGUGGCAGUGAGUUUGGAAAGAAACAGAGGGAGGAAGCACGGAGGAAGAAGUAUGGCAUCAUUACGAAGGAGUUCAAGGCGGAGGACCAGCCCUGGAUCCUUAAAGUUAAUGGCAAGGCAGGAAGAAGAUUUAAGGGUCUGAAAAAAGGUGGGAUUACAGAGAAUGCUUCCUAUUACAUCUUUACACAAUGUGCUGAUGGUGCCUUUGAGGCUUUCCCUGUGCAUGCCUGGUACAACUUUACACCACAGGCCAAGCAUCGCACACUCACAGCUGAGGAGGCAGAGGAAGAAUGGGGCAGGAGAAACAAAGUGGUCAAUCACUUCAGUAUUAUGCUUCAGCGGCGUCUCCGAGAACAGGAGCGAGGAGAGGAGGAUGAAGAAGAGGGAGAGAAAGGGGGGAAGAAAAAGAAAAAGAAGGGAGGCAGGGGUGGAGACCUGCGUAUACAUGACUUGGAGAAUGAUUUGGAAAUUAGCAGCGAUGAAAGUGAUGAAAGCAUGGGAGAGGAUGGGGAGGGCAAGGCAAAAACUAAAAAGGACAAAGGCCCCAAAGGCAAGGGAAAGAAGAAAAAGAACAGCGAUCUUGAAGGAUUUGAGGACAGUGACGAUGGGGACUUCGAGGGGUUAGAGGUGGACUACAUGUCUGAUGAGAGCAGCUCUGAAGAGGAGGAGCCAGAGAAGACAAAGCCCAAUAAAGGAGAGGAUGUACCUAAAGGGAUUGAUGAAAUGUCUGACAGCGAGGAAGAGAGCGAGGAAGAGAACAAGAAUGAAGAGGAAGCAAAGGAGGAAGAAGAGGAAGAAGAUGGGAAGAAGACACCAGUGCAGGUGGAAAAGAAGAAAAAGAAAGACAGCAGUGGAGAGUCAGAAAGCUCAGAAGACAGUGAUAUUGAAGGAGAGGCAGCUUCAGCACUGUUCAUGGUGAAGAAACGCACACCUCCUAAGCGAGGGGGUGGCCGUGGCUCAGUAGGUAGUUCAAGAACAGGAAGUCGACCUGGCACACCUUCUAUCGACAAUGCUGCCACUUCCAAUACUCUCCGUGCUGCUGCCAACAAACUAGAGCAAGGUAAGCGCCAGACUGUUGUAUCAAGCUCAGAGACUCCAGCUGCUAAGAGAUUAAAGAUGGACCCUAGCCCUCAGAGCUCCUCAGGGAAAAGUACUCCCCAGCCAGUAUCAGGAAAAUCCACUCCAAGCUCCAGACUACCGUCUCUCCCAUUUAGUGAUGUGCAGCUGACAGAGGAUGCCGUGCGCAGGUAUCUCAUAAGGAAGCCCAUGACUACUAAAGACCUGCUGAAGAAGUUCCAGACUAAGCGCACAGGCCUCAGCAGCGAGCAGACAGUCAAUGUGCUUGCCCAGAUCUUGAAGAGGCUCAACCCAGAGAGGAAGAAUAUCAAUGAGAAGAUGCACUUCUACCUCACUGAGUGAACAAAACUGAGAAGAAAGUGAAAGACUGAAAACCGUUGUUUUGGCCCAUCGCCAGCAGGCUUUCCUUUUUUAAAGAACAUUUUUAUUUAGAUUAAGACCUACUUGGUCAGAAACAUCUUGUUUUUCUAGCAGUCAUUUUGCUUUUACCUACCCAGCAUUAAUUAACAGUAGUCAUCAAGUACUGUUAAUUGGGUUACAGUUGAGAGUGCUGGAACAAGAUUGAAGAGUAGAAUGACGAAGAUAGGGAGAGCAGAUGGUUUUGUAACAUUAGUGAAAGUGUUUUGAAAUUUCAGACAGAUUUAGAGCUCUUACUGCACAGUAAUGGUGAAAAUUUGAAAAUCAGAGUAAUCUGAACUCAAUCUCUCAGCAAAGCUUGUAGGAUUUUGAGAGUGACUCAAUACAGAAAAUGCAACUGCAGUGAAAGGGUGCUUUUAGCAGUUGACACGUUAUUAAAUUAGUCUUUUUAUUUUCUUUUUUUUUACCUAGUUUAAUAGAUUUUCACCCAUACAAAACACCUUUUCCAGCAGCACUGUUAGAAUUCUGUAAUCUGUAUUAUCACGUGUUUAUCCCCUUAGUAAUAAAUUCAGUUUGUUUUUGAAAUGAA